UGGGUAGGCGGAAACACCCACGGCAUAUCCCACCAACCAUCCAUCCUUCCUUCCUUCAGCCCGAUGUAUACACCUUCUAUUUACGAGUGCGGACUUUUCUCCAACCUCUGGGAACUCAACGGGACGCCACUAUGGUGCAUCAUUCCGGAUCCAUACAGUCCUUUAAGCAGCAAAAGGGCAUGCACAACAGUAUCAGUGAAAUCCUGAAGGAGAAGAACCUGAAGCCGUCUCGUCGCAGUCUGCCCUGUCUAGCUCAAAGUCAAACACAUCCUCACAACCUCAGCCACUUCCUCUCUGUGCCUCUGAAUCCGGAGCCCAAAGCAAACACAAACACCCACAGUGUUCAAGCCUCAUGUACACACAUCACCCCUCCAUCUACAGUAGAUGUUAGCAAUGGCCAGUAUGUAGAGGAGAUGGAGACAGCAGUGUAUGAGUCUAGAACAGAUGAGUCGCUGCUCAUCCAGCAGAAACCUACAACGAGAGGCAAGCUGGAGGCACGUACUGACUCUGUGCGGGGAAUGAAUCCUGUGAAUGCCAAAGGGCUUUUAUUUAGAGAUGGCAAGAAACGAAUUGACUACAUUCUGGUGUAUAAGAAGUCUAGUCCUCAGGUUGAGAAGAGAUGCACUUUUGAGAGGAAUCUACGUGCAGAGGGACUAAUGCUGGAGAAAGAGCCCUCCUUAACCAACAACGACAUAAUGUUCGUAAAGAUACAUGCUCAAUGGGACACGCUGUGUAAAUAUGCAGAGCAAAUGAACAUCAGAAUGCCUUUCAGGUACAGAAAAAAGUGCUACUUAGACUGGAAAAAAAAGACAAUGGGAAGUCGAUUUAAUUUGAGAUGCCAUCAAAUAAAGAAUUGGCUGCCUAGGAACCCGAUGAAGCUGGAUAAGGAGGCCUUGCCUGAGCUGGAGGAGACAGAUUGCUACACUGCCCCAUUCAGCAGGGCCAGAAUGCAUCAUUUUACCAUCAACAACAGAGAUUCCUUCUUCUCAAACUCCACCAGAAGCAGAAUAGUGCACCAUGUAUUGCAGCGCACCAAGUAUGAGGACGGCAAGUCAAAGAUGGUAAAGAGUCUGAGCCUACUGAGCCUGCUGGAUUGCAUGAUGGUGACAUGCUUAAAGACAAGUAUCAACCGGUUACUUGGCAAUAGUACAUAUGAGGCUGCAUUCCCCCCUCAUGAGGGCAGUUAUAAGAGCCGACACCCAAUAAAGACCCACGGGGCUCAGAACCACAGGCACCUGCUCUAUGAGCGAUGGGCACGCUGGGGCAUCUGGUACAAAUACCAGCCUUUAGACCUCAUACGGCGUUACUUUGGGGAAAAGAUCGGCCUUUAUUUUGCAUGGCUUGGUUGGUACACAGGUAUGUUGAUCCCGGCAGCACUGGUUGGUCUUUUUGUCUUCCUCUAUGGCCUCUUCACCAUGGACUCCAGCCAAGUGAGUAAAGAGAUCUGUGAGGCCAAUACCACCAUCAUGUGCCCCAUGUGUGAAGUGAACUGCAGCGCCUGGAAACUCAGUGACAGCUGUGUCUAUGCAAAGGUGACUCAUCUGUUUGAUAAUGGAGGAACGGUUUUCUUUGCCAUUUUCAUGGCAAUAUGGGCCACAGUCUUCCUUGAGUUCUGGAAAAGAAGGAGAGCAGAAUUGACUUAUGACUGGGAUUUAAUUGAUUGGGAGGAAGAAGAGGAGGAGCUACGUCCCCAGUUUGAAGCAAAAUACUCAAGGAAGGAGAGAGUGAACCCCAUCUCAGGAAAACCAGAACCUUUCCAGCCAUUUAGUGACAAACUCAGUCGCCUCAUGGUCUCGGUGUCAGGGAUCUUUUUUAUGAUCUCCCUGGUGCUGACAGCAGUGUUUGCUGUGGUGGUUUUCCGGCUCAUUGCUAUGGAGAAAUUUGCCUCCUUCCAGUGGGAGUUUGUUAAAAAGAACUGGCAGUUUGCCACCUCUGGCACUGGAGUCUGCAUCAACUUCAUGAUUAUCAUGUCUCUCAAUGUGGUUUACGAGAAAGUGGCCUAUCUGUUAACAAAUCUAGAACACCCACGGACCGAGUCCGAGUGGGAGAACAGCUUUGCCCUCAAGAUGUUUCUCUUCCAGUUUGUCAACCUGAACAGCUCCACCUUCUACAUUGCUUUCUUUCUAGGAAGGUUUGCAGGCAGGCCCGGAGAUUAUAAUAAGCUGUUUAACCGCUGGAGAAUGGAGGAGUGCCAUCCUAGUGGCUGUCUGAUUGAUUUAUGUUUGCAAAUGGGAGUGAUCAUGGUGUUAAAACAGAUCUGGAAUAACUUCAUGGAACUGGGCUACCCACUGUUACAGAACUGGUGGUCUCGGCGGAAGAUGAGGCGAGCAGGAGAACAAAAUAACGUAGAAAACAAAGAACAGCUGCCUCAGUGGGACAAAGACUGGAAUCUGCAACCCAUGAAUGCUCAUGGCCUGGUGGAUGAGUACCUAGAAAUGGUGCUUCAGUUUGGUUUUACCACCAUCUUUGUGGCGGCUUUUCCUCUGGCUCCUCUGCUGGCUCUGCUCAACAAUAUCAUCGAGAUCAGGCUGGAUGCAUACAAAUUUGUGACACAGUGGAGGAGACCCAUGCCAGCCAGAGCUACUGAUAUUGGAAUCUGGCAUGGUAUCCUGGAGGGCAUUGGUGUGGUGGCCGUUAUUACCAAUGCCUUUGUAAUUGCCAUCACAUCUGACUACAUACCUAGGUUUGUCUACGCCUUCAAAUAUGGGCCCUGUGUGGACAAGGGCUACCAGCAUGAGAAAUGCCUGAGAGGAUAUAUGAACAGUAGUCUGUCUGUGUUUGACAUGGGAGAGCCAAAGAAUGGAAGUCAGUAUGAAACACGAUAUUGCAGGUAUCGGGACUAUAGAGCCCCUCCAUGGAGCUCACAGCCCUAUGAGUUCACCCUGCAGUUCUGGCAUGUUCUCGCUGCCAGACUGGCCUUCAUCAUUGUCUUUGAGCACCUGGUGUUUGGCAUCAAGACCUUCAUUGCUCAUCUGAUCCCAGACAUGCCUAAAGACCUGUGUGAGCGUAUGCGCAGGGAAAAGUACCUCAUGCAGGAGAUGAUGUAUGAAGCAGAGCUGGAGCACCUGCAGAAGGAGAGAAAGAAAAAUGGCAAGCGUUAUCACCACGAGUGGCCUUAGCUAUGCCUAGCAGAUGGACAUAUCAUAUGCGCAUCCAUGCACACACUAAAAUAAAUAACCAUUAAAAGACCACACAUAAAUACAAAAACAGUGGACAACUUUGAAGAAAGUGCAAAUCAUUUGCAUUUAUUCAUGCAUGCAUGUCCAUGCUGCAGCUUUGGAUGGCUAAGCUCUACUGACCAAACCCUCAACACAUGCUACCCACUUUGAUUGCUGGGUUCUUUGCUGGUGAAUCGAAGAUUGAGGCUCAAGUUCUUAGAAAAACUGUUGGUCUUGAGUGGACAGUCCUGAUCUGCACCAAAGAGCUCCUUCCAUGACUCUUGCCUGAAGCCUUCCUGUCUGGCUUAAUAUCAGAGUACAGGAUGAGAUUUUGCUAUUAUCCUCUCUUAUGCCGCUCCUGCUGUAUUUUGCCUCUUCUGGCUUUGCUAUUUUCUGAACUGUCUCUUGUUUGUCUAUUUGUUUUUCAAAAGGUAACAGGAUGCAAUUGUAUUGUUUACUAUGCAGAUGAAGGACAUUGGAGUUUGUCCUUAAUGUUCACACUUUCGUCACUCUCCAUAGCUCCUUUUCUCUCUAUUUAUUGCUAUUUUUCUCUUUUUCUCUUGCAGCUUGAAACUGCAGUCAAUUAUAUGCUAUCUAACUCUCUUUUUUUUUUUUUCAGUAAAGUGCAGUUUGGCCUUUGUGUUCAUGCUUGUUUUUUUUUUAAGAACAAGGCUUGGCUUUUUCCUUUUUGCUGUUCAUCAUUAAUUCACAACUACUCUACAAAGAAAAGUAACUUUUCAGGUAAUGUGGAUACCAAUUUAUGCAAAAAUACAACAAAUUGAUAUUAACAUCAUGUACCAUCUUAACAUAGCAUGCAGAUUCAACAUUCUCAAUCAAAAAAUAAGGUUUGCUUUAUCUUAAUGUUUUGUAGAUUUAUUUGAAAUUAAUCAUUGUUUUUUUUAUUCUGUCCCUUGUCUUGCAAUAGGACAUGUGUGUACGCUAAUAAGCAGAUCCCUUGUGUUUUAUUGCUUAUGGGCUGUUGACCGGGACUGUGUUUUGCUGUGUGCUGACUGGAGAUUCAGAAUGUUUUUGUAUAAGAUGUGGUUUGUAUGCCUGCAGUGGACCAUGAUUCAUUCGUGUGUAUCUCCACAUGCCUGGUUCUGCAUCAAAUGGAGUAGAGUAAUAGAUUUUUUUAGGUUUUUGUCAUGAUUAGUAGAUUGUGAAGAGGUCAGAUGUACAGCAGAAGCAAAUAUUGUCUAUAGCAUUAGGAAUUAGUAGCAUUUGAUGGAAUGCUACAUAAACACACAUUUUUUUAUUUUAUUUGUCAUGCCAUCUAUGAA